AAGAGUAAAAUCAUAGCUUUUGCGAGCCAAAAGGAUUAUAGACAACGGACUUACUUACUUCCUUCCUUCACUUGUCUUCUUCUUCUUAACCCAACUCCAUGGAUGCUCGCCGUGGCUCCCGCGUCGUCAACCCCAAAGUCCGUCAGGUCGGAUUCUUCACUCUCGACGCUCCCAAUCCCCCUGGCCGUUCCCUCUCCGGUCCCGCCGAUUGCACCCCUUCUCAACAGUCCCUCUCUCCUCCCUCCAAUUCCUUGUCUCCCGUCAUGAUUCCCCCUCCCCGUCAUCUCUCCGAUAACCUCGCCUCUCGCUCUGCCGUUUUUCCUCUUCCACCUCCCGCCAAUUGGAGGGAUUCCGCCGAUCAUAUUCAUGUUGGCAGCUAUAACCCCUCCGAAAUGCUUCUUGCUACUUCUCCUUCUGGUAGAAUUGGGGAUGAAGAGCUGGAUAUGUCAGAGGAUUCUUCCACCUCCGUUCCGUAUCGCCGUAGUGGUUCUGGGAAGAUUGCCUCGAGCUUUCCUGGCGUUGGAAUCUACAUGGCGGCUAAGGCGUCGGAGACUUCACAGGCGAUGGUUGUUAACACGGUGGAAGCUAAUAAGUCUGUUGGGGUUGCAGAAAAGAAUGGGGGGGCUUCCACAGAGGUACAGAAUCGUCAGCCACCAUCAAAUUCAAAACCCCUAAAGGCAAAAACGACAAAGGCUGAAAGACGUGCUCUACAGGAAGCACAACGAGCUGCAAAAGGUUCAGCCAAUGGUGAAGUGAAGAAGUCAGGUAACACUCCUGGUAAAGCUGUGAAGCAGUCCUCGACUAUGAGAGAUAGCACUGCUGCACCUUCGGUGGCAUCUACUGACAAAAGAGGAGGUGAUCGCACACAUGAUAAAGAAAGGAAGAAAGAUGCUCCACCUCCACGAAUGCAGUUUGAUGAUAAAAGCAGGGUAGAAAAGGCUAAAAAGCGAGCAGUUUUCAACCAAACUGAAGCUAGAAAUAGGGUUGAAUUAUUUCGCCAUUUGCCACAAUACGAGCAAGGAACUCAGCUUCCUGAUCUCGUGUCAAAGUUUUUCCAACUUGACCCCAUUCAUCCCGCCAUUUACAAGGUUGGUUUACAAUAUAUGGCUGGAGAUAUAUGCGGAGGCAAUGCUCGUUGUAUUGCUAUGCUUCAUGCAUUUCAACAGGCCAUCAAAGACUACUCAACUCCGCCACAGAAGUCCCUGGGUAGAGAUUUAACCACAAAAAUUGGUGGCUAUGUAUCAUUCUUCAACGAGUGCAGGCCACUGUCUGUUAGCAUGGGAAAUGCAAUUAGGUUUUUGAAAAAUCUCAUUGCCAAAUUACCAUUGAAUCUUCCGGAAUCUGAAGUGAAAGCUACACUUUGCUCAGAUAUUGAUCGCUUCAUUAAUGAAAAGAUUAUAAUUGCAGACGAGGUCAUAGUUAGACAUGCUGCUACCAAAAUCAGGGAUGGGGAUGUUCUUCUCACAUAUGGAUCGUCAUGUUCUGUAGAGAUGCUCCUAUUAUAUGCUCAUGAGCUUGGAAAAGAAUUCCGUGUUGUGGUGGUGGAUUCCCGUCCAAAACUAGAAGGGCAAGCAUUGCUUCGUAGGCUCAUAGGGAGGGGCCUAAGUUGUACAUACACUCAUAUAAAUGCUAUCUCUUACGUGAUGCACAAAGUAACACGAGUUUUUCUGGGGGCUGCUGCAGUAUUAUCUAAUGGAACUGUAUAUUCAAGAGUGGGAACUGCAGCAGUUGCCAUGGUUGCUAAUGCAUUCCAUGUUCCAGUGUUAAUCUGCUGCGAAGCCUAUAAAUUCCACGAAAGGGUUCAGCUUGAUUCAAUAUGUUUCAAUGAAUUAGGCGAUCCAGAUGCUAUCUCAAAGGUUCAAGGAAGGAAGGAUAUUAAUCAUCUAGAAAAUUUGGCUGCUAAAGAACAACUGCAAUUUCUAAAUUUGAUGUACGAUGCCACACCUUCAGAUUACAUCUCAAUGAUUGUCACAGAUUAUGGCAUGAUCCCACCUACAAGUGUGCCGGUGAUCGUGCGUGAGUAUCGAAGAGAGCACCUGUGGAUAUAAGAAGGCUGAAAAUAACCCUUCAUUUGGAAGGAAGCUUAUAUCUUCUACAAGGAUGAAUGAUAGAUGUUUGUUGCAUUUGAUCGUGCAAGAAACAGCCGAAGCAUGCUGCAAGGAGUUUUUUCACCUUGAUGCAACCUUUUAUUAAUGCCAUCCUGGUUUCAAAUUUUGAUUUUGGUAAGUUGACAGUUAGCUAAGAGUGCGAUUGUUAUCUCUCCUUACAGUUUUCCGAGUGUUUUUCUGGGAAAAUGUAUUAAUGGCAGAGUAAGGCUGAAAGUCGUUGUCAAUAGGAACAUAAAAAAUAAAUUUGUGGAAUUUAUUUGAAUCAAUGAAUGAGAUUUUGAUUGUUCCUUUAUUA